GAUGCAUUCCUUAUUGGUGGGUUCCCUAUUGGUGAAAGUCUCUUCCCAUUCCUGGAUACUUAAGAAGCACUUUGAGAUAGUCUAGCCAGCCUGCAGCUAAACUGAAGCUAAGGAGAGUAACUCUGGGCUUAAUUUAUACUUUCAGGCACUCAAUGGGUUUGUAAUCACUGUGACUGAAGAUGGCUACAUCUUCUACAUCUCCCCUGCCAUGCAGAACUAUCUGGGUUUUCAUCAGUCAGAUCUCAUCUACCAGAGCAUCUACGAGCUGAUCCACAAGGAUGACAGAGCUGCCUUCCACUGUCAGCUGCACGAUGCUGUUCCUGAUGGAUGCAGUGCUGCAGGAAGCCCCAGUCACCACUGCCCUGAGCACUCUGGCUGCAUGGAGAGGAGCUUCACCUGCCGCCUGCACUGCUUGCUGGAUAACUCCUCAGGAUUUCUGGCCUUGAAUUUCCACGGACGCUUGAAACUUCUUCUUGGGCAGCAGAAGAGGGCAUCGGACACACCCCUGGGGCCUCUCCCUCUCGCUCUCUUUGCCAUCGUGACUCACCUUCAGCCUUUCUCCAUCCUGGAGUUUCGAACCAAGAUGCUGUUCUUCCAGUCAAAGCACAAGCUGGACUUCACUCCCAUUGCCUGUGAUUCCCGGUAUGGCAUCUCCUGCCUUAAUCGUGGCAAAACUCAUGGCCACAAGUGCAGAACAGAAAGCCAGAGUGCCACAGGGUGCCCAUGCCUUGUGCUCUGCCCUCAGGGGGAAGGUCAUCCUGGGCUACACAGAGGUGGAGCUGUGCACGAGAGGGUCUGGGUACCAGUUUGUGCACACAGCCGACAUGAUGUACUGUGCGGAGAACCAUUUGAGAAGUGAGUGCUGAGGGAAGCAGCCUAGGAAGGGACACAGGGGCUGUGGCAAGUCUGCAGGGUGGCAGCAGGGCAGUCCUGGCCAUGCUCCCUUGUGUUUCUGAGGUCUGUAGGAGCUGUGAUGAAGGUGUUCUGCUUGAUACCUGCAUGGGGAGCUGGUAAAGUGCUUUCCUGUGCAGGAAGACCCUGACAUGCAGCAUUGUGUGCUGGCUGCAGCUUUUGCUUCUGUAGCCUGGGCACAACUUGCUCACACCUGUGCGGUACCCAGCUGAGACUCUGUGCCACCCCUCCUUUCUCCCUGCCCCAGUGAUGAAGACAGGGAAGAGCGGGACAACAGUCUUCCAGCUGCUGAUCAAGAAGGGCACCUGGGUGUGGUUGCAGGCCAGUGUCUGGCUGGUGUACAAACCGGGUGAGCCUGACUGCAUCAUCGCCCGGCAGCGAGUCCUGUCAUGAGUAUGGCUGGUUUUCCAGCUGCAUUCCCUUGGCCCUGGUCUUAGGCAAGUCUGCAAGCUCCCAUCUUGCUCCCUGGAGGCUGGUCCUGCCUGGCCUGAAGAAUAUGCUCAUGGUGUUUCCCUCUCUUUUUCCUCCACCCUGAAGAAAUGAAGAAGGGGAGGAACAUUUGCGGAAGCGAAACCUUCAUCUGCCUUUCAGCUUUGCCACAGGGGAAGCUAUCUUAUAUGGGAACAACUUUCCCAUUUUCCUAGACUCCUUCAAGGCUAAGGAGGAAUUUCAGACAAAGACAGAAUCUCAUACAGAGCAGCAUGCAAUAAAUCCCAACUCUAUUCUGGGGGCCAUGAUGAAGCAGGAUACAUCCAUCUAUCUCUCCCACACUGAUGUCCCUCAGUUCAUCUUGCCAGAUCUUGAUGCUGAGCCUGAUGGACCUAGCCAAGAUGGAAAAGUUGGUCAUGACAAGGACAGCAGCUCCCUCCUGGUGGCUACUGAAACCCUCUUUGAGAAGAGUGAGGUGGGUGGAAACAUCUCCCAGAGCCUCAGCGUGGACAGUAAAGAGCUACAGCAGUGGGAGGAUGCUCUGCUUUGCUUAGACAUGGAGGAGCCUCCAUCUGAAGUCUUUGGUGAGAGGCUGAGCAGUGAGUUGCCCUCCUGUACAGAGAAGAUGCUGUUUAGGGAGGAUGAUGGAAAGAGCAUGGUCUUAUUGCACUGCAGUGAGGAAGGCUGUUCUGCAGCUCAGUUGCAGCACUAGGGAUUUAAUCCAGCAGCUCCACAGGUGUUUCAAGGCCCACAGCAGCCCCAGGCACUUGGUGCACAAGGCCAGAAUGUUGUGAUCUCUCUGGACUCUGUUAUGUCAGAAGGCAGCUCAGCUCCAGUGGAACAGCAGAUCCUGAUUAACCCAGCCAGUCUGGAGGAGGGGAUGCUUCUGGAUGCCUUGGGAUCCAGCAGCAAGACCUGUGCAGUGGAUCAGCUGGCCAACUCAGGACUGGAGUUUCAAGCAGGACUUCCCACCUCUAUUCCCAUAGACAGCAUCAUUCCUGAUUGUCAUAGCCAGUCUGAGUGCACUCUGAUGGGCUUGAGCUGCCCACCUCCCUUCGAGUCUAGCGCUCUAGUGUCUCAGUGGCACGAUGUCCCAGAGUGGGCAAACCUGGGCAGCGCUUUGGAUCAGAGCACUUCCCUGGAUACUUGGAUGGCAGCUCCAAAACAGCUGGAAACAACAGGAGCACCCUUGGAAUCACAAACUGCACUGACCAGCAGCUCCCAGAGUUGGUGGAGCUUCCCCAGGCAGCCCCAUUGCAGUGGGGAGCAGGUGCUGCUCAGUGAGGACGCGUGGCCACAACCUCAGGGACUUGUGCUAGGGAUCGGUGUGGGCCCUGGCACAUAUCAGACAGACAAUGUCACGCUGCAUCACUAUGAGUACAGAAGGAGCCAGGGUGUCUUCAGGCAUGGGAACUCCUUUCUUGGGGAUGCCAUUAAAAUAUCCACAAGUGCUUUACCUUGCCCAAGCCACCUGGGAACACUGGCAGGAUUGAGUUCAAGCUGCUCAGCAUCUCCCUCUGCAGAGGUGGGAGUGAGGGCAUCCUCCUGCGAGCUGGGCACUGUCUUUCCACUGGCUUCCUUGGCAGGCAUGUAGUCCCUCUGUGAAUGCCAUGUCCAGCUGAAGGUGUGGGGUGGGGACUGCAGGACCUGAGGGCCACUGGGUGACACCUUUGGAGAGACAGGGGGGUGAGGUAGCUGCAGAUGCAGCAGUAGCCAUUUGCCCUCUCUGCAGCAUGCACAAUGACUGAGGCCUGUGAAGGAAAAACCCCCAGAGAUGCUUCAAACCACAGGGAUGGCUCCUUCCCCUGGUUUUGUCCCUACCUUUACCCCUGCCAUCAGAGGGAAGACGAAGUGUUUUUACUGAAGCAGUGAGAAAGGCAUCAAGAGUGGACCAAUUUCGUGGCCUUAAAACUUGUUUUUCAGACAGAGCUCCAUCAGCCCUGCGUCUACCUGCACCCCACCAGGACCAGGGAGGGUGCAGGAUGUCCUGUGGCCUGGGCAAGUCAUCAGCACUGGGUCGGAUGGGGCUGAGCUGUGGGGUGCUGGCAGCAGAACAACACUGGACCUUUCCAUAGCAGCCUGGAGGAGCACCCAUGACUGAUGAGAGCCUUACACAUCAACCAGCCCCCAAACCCUGCUGGGCUCUGCUACUGGGGGCUGUAGUAGACCCCUGCUGCUCCGUUGCUUGUAUCUCAACUCUGUCUGUUAUGUAUGUGCAUCCAUGGAUUGUUUUCAUGGCAGUGUCUCAUUUUCCACUUUGUGAUUUCUUUGUAUGCCAUUCACCAGUGUCAGGGCGGAGGAAAAGAUGGACUGCAACUCGCUUGCUGCACUUUGUUGUGUAUUAAAAGGUGAUUUGCUUUAUAGCAGCAUGAUGGUUUGACCUCGAACAGCAUCUCUUCAUUUCCCUCUCAGCUGAGCAAGCGCUUGUAGAAGCUGCUCCCAGCACAGCUCCAAGCCAUGUUUCUCUGGGCUGAGGCUGGAGGAGGAGGGUCCUGGCCCACCCCCUUCAUUUUCCACACAGAACUACAGACUGGUUUGGGUUGGCAGGGACCCCAAAAUCCACCCAGCCCAACAGACUGGGCUGCCUGAGGCCCCAUCCAGCCUGGCCUUGAGCACUGCCAGGGAAGGGGCAUCCUCAGCUUCUCUGGGCAGCCUGUGCCACGGCCUCACCAACCUCGUAGUGAAGAAUUUCUUCCUUUUUUCUAAUCUGAACCCAGCUUUCCCGUAGCCCCUGUAGGUGAAGAGCCACGGCGAGCUCUGCCCGCUGCCUCCCCCAGGCUGACCUAGCUCAGCUCCCAGCUUGGUUCCACGCACACACACCGUACCCACGCGACUGCCCGCCUCCGGAGCCCACCCCUCCCCACCCGCAGCACCCCUGCGUUCCCGGCCGGAGGCGGGGCUGCUCCCGCGGGGGUCGCUCUGGGCUGCGCCGCGCUGCCCCGGUCCUCUCCUGCGGCUGCCGUCGGCUUGCGCUGAGC